AUGAAGAACGGGCACAAAAAUUCAAACAAUCCACUUCUCAGUGCGUUCGGACUGGGUAAAAAGAAAUCAAAACACGAGCAUGCCAACGUGCAGUCUGCCAAGAGGCCCAAUUCGCCAAAAGAGACAGGCCAGCACGGUGCAAAUUAUGCCCAUAAUGACAGGUCGGCCAAAAAACCUAGAUGGGAACCGUUGAAUUCUACUCUGAAGCCAGGUAUAUUCCGGGAUGUUCCAGAAUUGACUCACCAUGAAGUGUCCCACCCUGGCGAUAGAGAUGCCACGAGCGGCGACUACAUCAAUUUCUCUGUUAGUCCACAAGGGUUUUUCAACAUUCCUAUCAUUUUAGGUGGGGAUAAUGCGAGCAGGACAAAUUCAAAUCUGAUUGAUAACGGUAGCACUGGAAGCACUUUGAAACGGAGUUCGUCCGUGCCGGCACUGCAAGACGAAUUCGACCUAGAAUUCGAAAAUAGUGAUAAGUUCGCAGAGAGACCCAGAGAUAACACUAUCCUGGGUGCCUUAUUCCCUGACAUUGACCAAAGUGCGGGGAGAUUCCUGAAGUCUGUCGACAACAUCAUCAACCCGAACACGCCACCUAGGGACGGCUCUAGGAAGAGUGUUCAUGACGAGGGAAGCACCGUUGUCGACGAAAAUAUCAGGACACCGGAAGGCAAUGCUGAUAAGAUACAGACACCAAGCAAAAAGACAAGAAUGCACGAGGUUAAGGCGGAAGAAAUGAAGUCGCGGCCACCAACUCCUCAAAUAGAACCUGUUGCCCUCCCACGUAGUGACAGUGAUAGAGGUCCAUCGUCUGACACAAGGAAGUCUCUAGAGGUCCGCAGCCGCAAGAGCGACAGCGAAAGAAUGCUGAGCUCACCCAGGAAGAGCUUACCCUCGCGCGAUAGAAGUAACUCGGCAACAAACUCAUCCGGGGGUGGCAGACCUAGGAGCAACUCAAAAACGUUCCUCGGUAGGAGAUCGUUUUCGCCAUCUUCAAUAAGCAAAAUUAUACCAAUCCCAGCGGUUACACACAAUACCUCAAGGAGGAACUCCCUCUCUGUUUCAUCUUCAAAAGGUGAAAACUUCACUGGUGUAACGAAAACACGUAUGGCGAAGGAUAGGGACGAGAAUAAAGGUAUCAAAUUGAAGAACGUCGUUUUUGCCAGCAAAAGGAAAAACCACGAAUUCCAUUCACUGUUCAAAAAUGCUGCACCUGAAGAGAGGCUCAUUCAAGAGCACAGUUGUGCGUAUUCAAAAGAUAUUCUAGUGCAAGGUAGAAUGUAUCUCAGUGACAUGAGUGUUCAUUUCUAUUCUAAUAUUUUAGGGUGGGUGACUACUGUCAGUAUUGCCUUCAAAGAUAUCACUUCCAUGGAAAAGAAGUCCACAGCUGGUUUGAUUCCGAACGCUAUUGGUAUUGAAACAUUGCAAGCAAAAUACAUAUUCGCAUCGUUUAUCAGCAGGGAUACGACUUUCGACUUCAUAUCUGAUAUCUGGAGUCAAUACACUGUAGGCAGCAGAACAAAUGGCAUGAGUGACUCAGAGUCGGACAGCGAGUUUGACUCCGAUGGAUCAGCUAUCGACUCCGAUGUUGAAUCUGCAGACACUGAUGUAACUUCCACAGACGCCAAACAAACCUCAGGAGGUACUGAGGUUAUGGGUCCAACGGAACAUGCCCCAACUACCGCAGAAUAUUCGCCACAGGAUAACGAACGGAAGAUAUACGAAGGUGUCGUCAAUGCCCCCAUGGGCGUUGUGGCAAAUAUCAUGUUUGGUGAUGAUACGAAUCCGCUGCUUGAAAUACUGAAAACACAAAAGAACUACGACUUCACCCCCAUCCCAAAGCUUAUGGAAACUAAAUCUCGUAACUACACAUACACAAAACCUUUGUCAGGUGCUAUUGGUCCAAGUAAAACGAAGUGCAUUAUCGAAGAGACCAUUGAUAACUUUGACUUAGAAAAGUAUGUGCAGGUGACACAAAUGACGAAAAACCCAGAUGUUCCAUCUGGUAAUUCUUUCCAAGUGAAAACAACGUACUUGCUAUCAUGGGACGCUAAUAAUUCCACGAAGCUGGUAGCGUACGUUGGUGUUGUUUGGUCAGGUAAGAGUUGGAUAAAAGGUGCCAUCGAGAAGGGUUCAUUUGAUGGUGUUACUGACACGACGAAAACUAUGGUUAGCGAGAUCAACAAAAUGGUUGCAAAGAAACCAAAGAAAGCGCGUAAAGCUAAGGAAACAGAGGAAGAGGAAGAGGAAGAGUCAACAUUACCAAAACUGGAACCAUAUAGUCAUGCUCCUACAACUGCCAAAGUUACAAAGGAAAAGAAUGACACUGUCAUAGAGGAAAAUGUUAAUAUUCCAGCUCCAAUGACCACAGUUUACCAAUUGAUGUUUGGGGAUGAUACCUCCUAUCUAAAAAACAUCGUGGAGAAACAAAACAAUUUCAACUUAUCCGAAAUUCCAAAAUUCCAAGAUAACAAGAGAGAGUACAACUACAUCAAAAAACUUAAUAAUUCAAUUGGCCCCAAACAGACCAAGUGUUUUAUCACUGAGGAAAUUAAGCAUCAGGACUUUGAGGACUAUGUUGAGAUUUUACAAGUCUCGAAAACACCGGAUGUUCCUUCUGGGAAUAGCUUCGAAGUCCAUAGCAAAAUAUAUAUCUCGUGGGGUGAAAAAAACACUUCUGUGCUGACAGUUCUUACGAAUAUUGCGUGGAGUGGGAAGUCAUUCUUGAAAGGGGCCAUUGAAAAGGGGUCCAUUGAUGGCCAGAAGGGAUCAACUAAAGUUUUGAUUGAACAGUUGGGUAAAAUCAUAUCGUCUGCUGGCACAAAGAAAUCAAAGAGAAAGUCCAAGCAUAAGAAGGGCAGUUCGACUAAUCAAGAAGAGGAAGAAGAGGAAGAAGAAGCGGGUCAACAGGUCGAUGAGCAAGAAGGAGCUGUUUCAGGAGGUAUCUUUGACACCAUAUCCUCUUUGUUUGGCCCUAUCACUGAAAAUUUGGACAUUACCUCCACGAAAACAUUAAUCCCCUUGGUGAUUUCUGUUUUCUUAAUUUUGCUCUGGAUGCUAGGCGUUUUCAGUUCUCGUGGUGUCAAAUAUAACAUGACAAUUACAAGACCUGGUAGGAUUGUAAUUGAUGGUAAUGAAUUUGCCUAUGCUCCGACGAUGAGGACCUUAUACGAUGCGUACGCAGAGAAUAUCAAGAUCACGAGAAAGAGCUGUACCAACCCCUCCAACAUUGUCACAGAAACAGAAAGUACCUUAUGGGAUUGGAUUAAUGACCGUGGUGAUGCUCAACUACAUUCGAUUGAUGAGUUCAUAUAUCCCGACGUUGAUGAUACAGUUUGGAAGCACGUAAAGGAAACCCCCAAAAUUAAUGAUCAUAAUUUGCAAGAGCUGGCGGAGACUAUCAAGGUUGCAGAAAGACAGUUACAGCAGAUGCAGAAAAAUCUUGCUGAAUUGCAAGUUCUAAAAUACAACCAAACACACAAAGGUCGCUAA